GGUAUGCUAGGCAUGCGCAAUAGGAAGUCAUCGCAUCGUGUGAAGCAGAAAUCGAACGAUAUCCGACCCUAAAUUUGACGUUUGGCAGGAAACCGUGCAGCUGAGGGGACUUAUAUCUUGCGGGGGAAAAGUUCAGAUAAAUUGUCUUCGAGUUGAGGGGGUCAUGCUUUGAAGCAGAUGUGAAGAUCAAAGAAAACAUGACUACGGAGGACUCCUCUCUCAGGACCCUGGAGGGUCUCAUGUCAGAGUUCUUUGCCAUAUCAACAACAAACCAACGCAAGAGGGACAUCGAGGAACUUCUGAAUAACUUCAGCGCACAGAGUGGAUCAUGGAGACAUUGCUUCUAUUUCCUCAUGCAUACUCGGAAUGAGUAUGUCAUGAUGUAUGCCCUCAGUGUCUUUGAGAAUGUAAUCAACAGACAAUGGAUAGGGCUACCUCCCCAGGAUCGCAUGGAGAUCCGGUCCGGCCUGACCAAGUUCCUUCUGGGCCAGCACAAGGUUGUCCCAAACUACAUCAGGAACAAGCUUAUCAAGGUGAUCGUCUGCAUCGCCAGGCUGGACUGGCCUCACUUCUACCCGGACUUCUUCCCCUCCAUCAUGCAGCUCAUUCAGCAGCCACAGACAUGUAGUCUUGGUCUGAUCAUGCUCCAGACCACAUCAGAAGAACUGGCCUCUCCCAGGGAGGACUUGAGCGCCGCCAGGAAGGAGGAGGUUCAGAGGCUGCUACUGGAUCAGGUUCCUACAGUCUUCAGUCUCAUUACACAUAUACUGGAGACGAUACUGGACAAGCAUCGGUCACUGGUGACCACAGCUACCCCGCCCCCAUCCCCCACCCAUGAUGAUUCCAAUGACGCUAGCCCCACCCACAUGGCCUACGGGUCAUCACCCUUACAGUCAGGUAAGAUAAGAACAGGGAGCCACAUAAUCCGUAGCAUGUUCAAGUCGUCGCCUCCCAACAAGCACAACGUCCAGCCCCUGCCCCCGCUGGACCAGGAGAGUGAGCACCUCAGCACCCUGUGCCUCAACUGUCUCCUCCACUUCUUCUCCUGGAUGCCCCUCUCCGGCAACAUCACCCCCAACCUCAUCACCGUCAUCUUCCACUUCGCCAACUUUGGCUGCGACAUCCAGUCGGUCAGCCGCGGCACGACGUCGCCCGCCAACGACAGCUUCAGCUCGAGCGGGAGCUCCUCACUGGGCGUCCUUGCCAUGUCCUGCAUCAACGAGAUCAUGUCCAAGAACUGUGUGCCCUCGGACUUUGAGGAUUACCUCUUGAGAAUGUUCCAACAGACUUUCCAGCUGCUCCAAAAAUUAACCAAAGACAAUACAAACCAAUCAGUAGGGAAUAGGUUAGAAGAUUUAGACGAAAGUUAUGUAGAGAAAUUCACAGAGUUUUUAGGUUUAUUUGUCAGUGUACAUCUUCGACGGUUUGAGAGCAACUCCCAUUUUCCAGUCCUAGAGUUCCUUUCUCUACUCUUCAAGUACACAUUCAAGCAGCCGGAACAAGAAGGGUACUUCUCCUGUCUGGAUAUCUGGACAGUAUUCCUGGACUAUCUCAUCGACAAGACCAACGCUUCAAGAAACCCGGAAAUGAAUCACUUUGUAGACAGAUACAAAGAUGCAUUGCUAUCGGUGAUGUCUGAGAUUCUUCACAAGAUGCAGUUCAGAUUCAACCAGGCUCAGCUGGAAGAACUAGACGAUGACACGCUGGAUGACGAUUGUGAGACAGAGUGGCAGUGCUACCUUAGACAAGGCCUGGAGGUUGUCGCUAAGAUCGCUGAACUCUUACCCACAGAGGCAUUCAGUUUAUUGUACCCACCAUUCCAAGAAUAUUUGACCAUCUACCUUGGCCUCAGUCAGUAUGUGAUAGAUAUUCCAGAAGGUCAGAAGUUGAAUGUAAACCAGGAGAACGAGUGUCGAAGGUUACACUGUACUCUGCGAGACCUGUGUUCCAUGUUCCAAGCAUUAGGCAGGCUAGCAGAACAUUUCAUAGGAGAUAAGUUUUCUGAGAGAUUUGACAAUGCUCUCUCAUUAAUAGAAAGGUUUUGUCAAGCAGCAGUGUAUGGUACCAAGAUGAAACUAUACAGGAUGAAGAUGGCUGCACCAACAGUACUCAAGCCAGACUUUGUAGAAACACACGCCCAAGCCUUAGCAGCACUCAAAGCCUACAGCCACUGGUUAGCGCAGUUCUACAAUGAGACAAGUAAACCAGGAAGUAGACAUCACGAUAAGAUGCUGCCUCUUAUGACGAGCUUGGUGGACGCCAUAGCACCUGAACUUGCCAAACAGAUCCCUUGCAAGAUCACCCUCUCAUCAGCCCACCUGUUCCUGUCCGUUGCCAGUACAGUACGUCCCACAUUCCUCAUAGAGAUGCCUGCAAUACAGAAGCUCUUCAACGAUGUGAGCGGAGGAUCGUUAUCGGGUCUACAGACGGAGGUCCAGCUCAUUGUAUGCAGAGGGCUAUCCAACAUCCUGACCCUACCCUGGGCUAACAUUCCAGACAACGAGCAGCAGUGGCCGGUCAGAUCAGAACAUCAUUCGGGGUUCAUCUUCAGACUGACCAAGGAGUACAGAGAACUCAAGAAUGUCCAGGCUAUCCAGACAGACAAGGGUCUCCAGGAGAGAGCUAAACCUGUGAUCAGGAAAACCUUACAGAUCUUGUCAGACCAAGUAGAGUCGAUCGCGGGGGAGGUCUCGAAGACGAAACAACUGUGCUAUCACUCCGUCAGGGACUGCAUAGAGGUCACCCUAAAUCUCUUCCCUCUCUACAUCCAUCAACCAGAUGUUGUGGAUGAAAUGAUGAGCUUCUUCCUGGCUCUCUUCCAAGGCCUAAGAGUGCAGAUGGGAAUCCCUACCAUUCAACACAUAAUGUCAAUGUUCAUCAAUCUAUUCACGAGAGAACAGCUAUCAGAGACCAUCAAACAUGAGAGCUCAUCAGGGAUCAGUGUUGUAGAGAAGUUUCUGCAGAUUCUGGAGAUCAUAGUACAGGAGCCCGGCUCAGCGUUCAAGACAUUUCUUCCAAGUAUUAUAUCCAUCUGCAUGGAGCACAUAUACCCAAUCAUUGCAGAGAGAUCAUCACCGGACAUCAAGCCUGCCCUGUACAGGUUACUCUUUGAGAUGCUACAGAGCAAGUGGAAGUACUUCUUCAAUACCUCUAUCCUGGCUAGCAUGCUUGGGGCACCCCCUACGGACAACGUGGAGCAUGAGCAGCAGUUUGUCACCAUUAUGCAGGCUUUUGGUCAGUCCUUCCUCCAACCAGACAUCUCUGUUUUCAGGCAAAACCUGGAAUCUCUGGAGAUCCUCAAUUCCAAACUCAAGCUCUACCAAAAGAAGAUAUUCAAGACGAUGAUGCUGUCACCGUUCCUGAACGUCCUCCUCCAAGCGCUGAUCCACAAGUCACAUGACCUGCUGCAAGACGAGACAUUGGUCGCCAUCUACAACAUGGCGAUGGUGGACUUGGAAAACUUCUUCAGAGUGUUCUUGUCUGAGUUCCUGACCAGUGCAGAGGGCCUGGACCUCAACCAGAAGACCAUCCUCAAGACAAACUUCAGCUUGGCAGAGGACCUUCCGUCAUUCAACCAGAACAUGCGGCGGUUUGUGACCGAUCUCCGUUACUACAGACUGUGCAACUCGGCCCUUCCUGCUGGCUCCGUCAAGCUAUGACAACGGAGGAACCAGGGUAGGGAAGGACUUAGAAUUAGACUAGGACAGAAGUGCAAACGAAAUUCUGGGAUGCCAGGAGUUCCAAUGCCUGACUUUAUUAGAGACGUAUGAAGGAAGAACUGUCUUGUGUUGGACCAAGAGAUUCCUUGCUGUUGGUGUAGAACCAACCUGCUGGCCUCCCUGAAUCAUGACGGAUACAGUAAGCGGACAUCAUGUUGGCGUGUCUGUCAGUGUUGAGCCACUAAGAUAGGAUGGACUAAGGUACCCCGAUCGAGGUAUUCCUAGCUUUUGAUAUGGAGCACACUGGCAACCCUGACAAACCUCCUACAGCAUGUUGGUGCAUAUGCCACACGGUUAGGGUGGAACAAGUCAUAAGUGGAAGACAGAACAAGAAAUCGCAGUGACAUUGUGAAUGAAUAAACCCCAUCUUUGCUACCUGUUACAAUGCGAGAAAAGUGCCAUACUUGUAUAGAACGGGACUUAUUCAGUUGCAGUGAAUCGGCAUGACAACUUGUUUUGGAUUUUUCAAAUUAUGCCUCUGGAUGGAUG